UCCUCAUAAUACCACGGAGUUCCGCGCGUUCCUAAACCUUAACCCUCUGCAAAACCCUAGCUUCACUCCCGUGUACCGAACCCAUUUCUCUCACUACUACCCAGUAUUCACUUGAGGAGUGAGAGACAUGGACAGGGAUGGAGACGAAGAAGAGAACUCGACGCGGGUCCAAGCCCGGUUCGUCACGAAGCUCGAUCCUCCUUUCAAAGUUCCUUCCACUUCUAUUGCUAUACCUUCCAGCCUCACCCGGCUGGGCCUUUCCACCAUCAUCAACAAUCUUCUCCAAGCAGGAAAUCCUGAGUGGAGCCAUGAGCCCUUUGAUUUUCUCAUCGAUGGGGAAUUCGUUCGGAUGUCACUUGAGCAGUUUCUUCUCGCCAAGGGCAUAUCGGCGGAAAGAACAUUGGAAAUUGAGUAUAUAAAGGCAGUUGUCCCACGUAAAGAAGAAGAACCUUCUUUACAUGAUGACUGGGUUAGCGCUGUUGAUGGCUCUAGUCCCAGGUUCAUUUUGACAGGGUGCUAUGAUGGUUUAGGAAGGGUGUGGAAGUCUGCUGGAGUGUGUACACAUAUACUGGAAGGACAUAGCGGUGCAAUUACUUCUGCCCGAGUCAUCAACUCAGAAGGUGGAGAAAGUGUUACUGUUGCCACUGCUUCGAAAGAUCAGACUGUGAGGCUAUGGAAGUUCAAUGCAGAAGAGGCCGCAAACAGUCAUAUGAAGAUAAGGCCAUUCAAAAUUUUGCGUGGGCAUAAAGCAUCUGUUCAAAGUGUAUCUUCUCAGACAUCUGGGGAUAUGAUUUGUUCAGGUGGUUGGGAUAGCACAAUUAAUUUGUGGCAGACUAAUGAGAUUAAUACAGAAGGUGACCUAGUGUCAAUUAAGAAGAAAAAGAAGAACGAUCAAGCUGAGGAAUCUCAAUUGCAGGGGGAGGCUGUUUCUACACUAGUUGGCCAUACACAAUGUGUAUCUUCAGUAAAUUGGUCACAGCAUGAUACGAUCUUUUCUGCAUCGUGGGACCAUUCAAUUAGACGGUGGGAUGUGGAGACAGGCAAAGAUUUGUUGAACAUAUAUUGUGGGAAAUCCCUCAACUGCCUUGAUAUUGGCGGUGAAGGUUCUAUGAUGAUCGCUGCUGGUGGUUCUGACCCUAUUCUUAGAAUAUGGGAUCCUCGUAAACCAGGAACUUCUGCUCCUGUCUUUCAAUUUUCAUCUCACACUUCUUGGAUAUCGGCUUGCAAGUGGCACAAUAAAUCAUGGUUUAAUUUGCUCUCUUCAUCCUACGAUGGGAAAGUUAUGCUAUGGGAUCUAAGAACUGCGUGGCCUCUGUCUGUCAUUGGUUCACACCAAGACAAGGUACUUUGUGCUGAUUGGUGGAAAGGUGAUGCUGUUGUUAGUGGAGGAGUGGACUCAAAGCUUCGCAUUUCUUCUGGGAUUUCCGUGCAGUAAUGUCAAAAGCUUAAAACACAAAAUUUUGAAACUAUAAUGAACUUCUUCAUAUUUUAUUUUUUGCGAUACCUAAGAGCAACUCAGGCAGCAAGAUUAGAGCUUGAUAAUUAAUAGGUCAGUCUCGUUGUUGUAUCUCAGCAUAAUAUUUCUCAUUCUUAUGUCAUGAACAAAUUUGGUUAUGCAACAAAGUAAAGAUGGCUUAUUAUUGUUGGA